UAACACCCAAGCCUUCCGCAGCCAAAUACUUCCCCUGCUCUGCCUGCACCGACUUCGCCGGCGACCCAAUGGUCGACGUCGACCGCCGGCCGGCGCUCCCGCACGGCCUCCCGCGCCCGCCGUCCCACGCCGCCGGCCUCCGCCGUCUCUCCACCCGCGCCUCAGCACCCUCCACCCCGCGCACCUCGGCUACGCCGUCUCCCUCCGCCGCGGCUGGCCCCGCCCCCGCCCCGUCCGCCGUCUUGGCUCAUCUAGCCGCAGCAGGAGUCUCCGUACUCCCUGGUAUGUCAGCCUCCGAGCUCGCCUUCGCGGAGGCCGCGCUCGGUGGUAUCCAGCUCCCGCCCGACCUCCGCGAGCUCCUCGUCCUCGGCGUGCCCUCGGGAGACGGCUUCCCGGACUACCGCUCCCCCGCCGGCCUCCGCCUCCUCCGAUUCGCUGCCCAAGAAGUCCCCGCGGCUGUCGCCGCGAUGCUUCCCCUCGUCCCCCGCCGACGGCUAGGACGGGCGCCGCCGCCGCCUCCUCCUCCUCUCGUCCCAGUGUACGGUCGGCAUUACGUGCCGGCGAUGCCUUGCCUCGCCGGUAACCCGGUGUUCCACGUCUCCGACUCUGGCAUCGCGUUCGCGGGCGCCAACAUCGCGGACUUUCUCCUCCGCGCCUUCGCUGCCGAGCCGCCCCCCGGCGCGCCGCUCCGGCGCCAGCUCUCCGCGCCGAUCCCGCCGCCGGUGACACCAUCCCCCGCGCCGCCGUCCACGGCCCGCCGGAGUCUGGACUCCGUCACCGGGAAGGCCCCGCGCUGGAUCGAGUUCUGGACCGACGCCGCCGCCGCCGGCGACCGUUUCUUGGAAGUCCCCGCGGCCACGGGCACCAAGAACACCGCCACUGCCACCACGAUGCCGGAGUGGCUGUGGUCAAGCCUCGAGCGGGCGGGCUCCGUGCUGAUGCGUGGCGGGUGGCGCGACGGCGAGGUGAAGGAGAUGACGGGAGCGGGUCCCAGCGGCGGCGAGGUGACCGCAUUGGCGUUAACGGUGGACCGGUGCUGCGAGGAGCUGAGGCGGGGAGGUUGGGCCGCGGAGGAGGUGGUGGAGGUGCUCGGGGCGCUGCUAGGGCCGAGGAAGGCGCGGCGGGCGCUGCCGCCGGACGUGGCGGCGCGUGUGGGGAGGCUCGCCGAGGCCGUCUCGCGGGCGGUCGCGUCCCGUGGCCACGCGAAAGCGAAACCCCCGAGGCCAUCUUGAGAAACAAAGCAUCCCCCUGUUUUAGCUUAGAGCAUCUCCAUGUUUUAGGCUACUCAUAUUUAACUUUUUAUUUCUUCUAUUUAGAAAC